AUGAGGUGUCCUUCUCUUGCGCGGUUACCCUACCGCGCUGUCGCUGGUUUGACCAGGACUCCUGUCAAGCUUCAGUCCCAGACCUUCCUCAGCACACGAUGCGCGUCCACGGCCGCUCUCCGUUCCGGGACCCCGGGUUGCCAGUCGGUCUUGACCAGGCGUUAUCAGCAAAUGAGAAAUGCAUCCGGCACUGCCGCAGCUGUUUUGGAGGCUGCCGCGCAAACACCGGACUCUCUAUCGCAGGAGGCGAUCAUCCAGAACCUCGAUCCCGUGGAGGCGGAGAGGCUUGGUCGAGUCCGCAACAUCGGUAUUGCUGCGCAUAUCGACAGUGGUAAGACGACAUGUACCGAGCGAGUCCUAUUCUACACGGGUCGUAUCAAGGCAAUUCACGAGGUUCGAGGCCGUGACAGCGUUGGCGCCAAGAUGGACUCCAUGGAUCUGGAACGUGAGAAGGGUAUCACCAUUCAGUCGGCCGCUACAUUCUGUGACUGGGUCAAAAAGGACGAGGAUGGCAAGGAGCAGAAAUACCACAUGAACUUGAUCGAUACCCCUGGACACAUUGACUUCACCAUUGAGGUGGAAAGAGCGCUGCGCGUUCUCGAUGGUGCUGUCAUGAUUCUCUGCGCCGUGUCCGGUGUCCAAUCGCAGACUAUCACCGUCGACCGACAAAUGAGACGCUACAAUGUCCCCCGUAUCUCCUUCGUGAACAAGAUGGAUCGUAUGGGCGCCAACCCAUUCAAAUCUGUUGACCAGAUCAACUCCAAGCUCAAGAUUCCCGCCGCCGCGGUUCAGGUUCCUAUCGGAGCUGAAGAUGAGUUCGAGGGUGUUGUUGAUUUGGUUCGCAUGAAGGCCAUUUACAACCAGGGUGAUAGCGGUGAGAGCAUCGUUGUCAAGGAUGAGAUCCCGGACAAGGUGAAGGAACUCGCAGAGGAGAGGAGGAGGAUGCUCAUCGAGACCCUCGCGGACGUUGAUGACGACAUGGCGGAGAUUUUCCUGAACGAGGAGGAGCCCACAGAGACGCAAAUCAAGGACGCUAUUCGCCGGGCUACUAUUGGCUUGAAGUUCACCCCUGUCUUCAUGGGUUCUGCGCUGGCAAACAAGUCAGUGCAGCCGAUGUUGGACGGUGUUAUCGACUACCUGCCCAACCCAUCUGAGGUGCAAAAUACCGCCCUUGAUAAGAAGCGCAGCGAAGCCCUAGUCAAGCUUGUUCCAUACAACUCGUUGCCAUUGGUCUGUCUUGCCUUCAAACUGGAAGAGAGCAGCUUUGGACAGUUGACCUACAUUCGUGUUUACCAAGGAACCCUCCGGAAGGGUUCUUACGUUUUCAACGCCCGUACAGACAAGAAGGUCAGAAUUCCCCGUAUUGUCCGCAUGCAUUCCAACGAAAUGGAGGACGUGUCUGAGAUCGGAGCUGGUGAGAUCUGUGCCGUGUUCGGUGUUGAGUGUGCUUCCGGUGACUCGUUCACUGAUGGUCAGCUCGGCUACACCAUGUCUUCGAUGUUCGUUCCGGAGCCGGUUAUUUCGCUGUCUAUCAAGCCCAAGCACAGCAAGGAUUAUGCGAACUUCUCCAAGGCUAUGGCCCGUUUCCAGAGAGAAGACCCUACGUUCCGUGUGUCAUUCGACGCUGAGAGUGAGCAAACCCUCAUCUCCGGUAUGGGUGAACUCCAUCUUGACAUCUACGUCGAGCGUAUGCGUCGUGAAUACCGUGUCGACUGUGAGACUGGACCUCCUCAGGUCGCCUACCGUGAAACCAUCACCCAGCGUGUCGAAUUUGACCAUCUGCUGAAGAAACAAUCCGGUGGUCCUGGAGACUAUGCCCGUGUUGUUGGAUGGAUGGAGCCUACCGGCAAGCUCGAGGAGAACAACUUCGAAGAGCAGAUUGUUGGUGGAAGUAUUUCUGAGAAGUUCGUCUUCGCCUGUGAAAAGGGAUUCCAUCUCUCUUGUGAGAAAGGUCCUCUCAUCGGUCAUAAGGUUCUCGGAACCAAGAUGGUUAUCAACGACGGUGCUACCCACAUGACUGAUUCGUCCGAAAUGGCUUUCAAGAACGCUACCCAGCAGGCCUUCCGCAAGGCUUUCCAGGAGGGUAACCCCGCCGUCCUCGAGCCCAUGAUGAAGACUGUUGUCACUGCCCCCGCCGAGUUCCAGGGUGAUGUUAUUGGUCUCCUGAACAAGCGUGGCGCUACCAUCAACGAUUCCGAAGUCGGUGUUGACGAGUUCACCGUCUACGCUGACUGCAGUCUGAACGGCAUGUUCGGCUUCAGUUCUAACCUCCGCGCCGCCACCCAAGGAAAGGGUGAAUACACCAUGGAGUUCAGCCACUACGAAAAGGCGCCUCCUCAUGAGCAGAGAGAGCUCAUCAAGAAGUACCUGCAGGCUCAGGCCGACAGGCACAAGAAAUAA